GCUCCUUGAGAUAAUUAUUUUAAUAAAAAAUUGAUUAGGGAGACCUUUAGUCUUCUCUCAUAGUCUAAUUUUUAGUUUUGCCUUCUCAUAAAGGAGGUUUGUUUACGAUUUUUUAAUCGAAAUGUUAGAAAAAGGUAAAACUUUCUUCCUUUUGGUUUGUCUGAUUUUGAAAAGCCAAGGUACACCAAGUAGAAAAAUGGGCACCGGGAUUGUUGAUCUUUACCUGGAUUUCACCACAAAUGGAAUAAAUUUUGACUUGAAAAGACAAAAUAUUUCCAAAAUGACGGGAACCAUAGGAUCGGGCUUUGACUUUACACAUGAUAGCCCCGUUGAUUACGAAGUUACGAUCAUCGAUGUUGAUAAUGGAUUUAGAAUUGAAUGGGUUUCAAACAAUACUAGUUUGGUGAUAACGGAUUGUUUAAAUCUACAAAAAGGUACGUUAAAUUGGUAUGGAGGCCCUCAAAUCUAUCAGCAAGAAUGGCCAAUAGAAAAGCUACAAUUAAGCGGAAACGAUCCCUACGUUCUCAGGAAAGCCAGCAACUUUGCAGUUCCCGAAAGGUAUUGGUUAAAUUCUAUUGGCGCAUUUAUAUACAUCGAUGAACGGGUACCAUUGUUUGUUGACCAAAACCUCGGUGAAAAGGCCUGUUUUAUAGCGAAAAACCAGGGACCUUAUGUAGGCAGAGAGAGGUUGAUACAUCGUUACCACCUUAUAGCUAUGGAUGAUCCAGUUUCUGCUCAUAAAUAUGCUGCUAUGAACUUUUGGUUAAAGCCUCAAUAUAUUCCCAAUGAGAAAAUGAUCAGCGAGCCAAUCUGGACGACUUGGGCAAAGUACAAAAAAAACAUUGACGAAAAUAUGGUUAGAGAAUUUUCUUAUGAUAUAUUAAACCAUGGAUUUAAAGGACAGAUUGAAAUUGAUGAACAGUGGGAGACAUGUUUUGGAUCCAGAGUCUUUAUUCCUGACAAGUUUGGCAAUAUUUCGAAUAUAGUCAAAGAUUUACAAGAUAAGAAUUUUAGAGUUACUCUUUGGGCUGCUCCUUUUGUAAACCUUGAUUGUACUGCCUUGGUAGAGGAAGGUGAACGAAAUGGAUACUUUGUAAAAAAUACAGAAGGAAAUAUGUCAACUGUAUGGUGGGAGAGUAAUGAUGCACGUCAAAUCGAUUUUACCAAAGAAAAUGCCAGAGAAUGGUAUGCUGAGAAGCUGAGAAAACUUCUACAAGAUCCCGGUGUAGAUGGUUUUAAAUUUGAUGCCGGGGAGACGGACUAUGUUGCUCAGCCUGCUGUUUACAAUAAUGAAGAUCCUGAGUUGGUACCAAAUAUUUUUAGCCAAAGAUACAUUGAUACUAUCGCGGAGUUUGGCAAUCUUAUUGAAGCGAGAUCGGCAUUUAGAACGCAAAAUUAUGGUAUAUUUUUGCGAAUGAUUGAUAAAGAUUCGCUAUGGGGAUUAGACGAUGGAUUGCAGUCAUUAGUCACUACCCUUCUACAGCUAAAUAUGGUUGGAUAUAGCUUUGUGUUACCUGAUAUGAUCGGUGGAAAUGGCUACAGAGCUCAACCUACCCUAGAGCUACUGAUUAGAUGGACUCAAGCUACAGUAUUUAUGCCUUCAAUGCAGUUUAGUUAUUUACCAUGGGAUUUUUCUGAAGAUGCACAGCUUAAUGGAACCGAAAUAAUAAGGAGCUUUAUUGAACUACAUGAAAAAUAUAGUCCUCAAAUCAUAGCAGCUCUACAAGGGACAGUUCGAGAUCAAACACCAGCUAACCCACCAAUUUGGUGGAUAGCACCAGAUGAUGAAAUUGCUUUGCAGACUUAUGACGAGUAUCUUCUAGGAGACUCCAUCCUGGUAGCACCCGUAAUGGAAGAGGGCGCAACUGCGAGGUCUGUAUACCUUCCAAAUGGCACUUGGCUAGAUGGAACUGACGGAACUACCACAUACGAUGGACCAAUUACCUUGAAUUAUAACGCACCACUUAAUGUGCUACCUUGGUUUAUUAAGGAAUAAAUAUUCUAUUUAAAAUAUAGAAGUAAAAAUGCAAGGCCAAUAAUAACCGACGUUUAUUGUAAGAUUCUUAUUUAAUUAAAUUAUAACAACUUAUUAUCAUUAAUUAUCGCAUUUGCAGUAAAAUUAUAUUAUUGGAUUAGCACUUAAUAGUCAUACAUUUCAAUUGUUUUAAAAAGCUCGAUGCAAUAAUAAAUUGACAUAUUCAGAAUCUUUAAAUUA